AUGUCUUCACGUCUGAUACAGCGAGCUUUAGAAGUCUACGACAGAACGAAGCCUACAACCAUCAAACAGAGUACUAUACUGAAUGUACAAACUACACAACACACGAUAACAGAUAUAAAACCCAAAGCUUACAGCAAGAAAGGUAUCAUGAAAACCAGGCGAAAUGAAGGAAAGGCAGUCAAGAAACAGAUUAGAGAGGCCGAGAUGAAGCGUAUAUUCGAAGAAGUGGCUAAGCCUGUUAAUCAUAGAGCCGAAAAUCUCAAGAGAUUGGCAGCGAACUCUAGCACGAUCGCUUACAAGAAAACUGAGGCUUCGCGGAAGAAGCAGUAUUUAUAA